GGUCGGGCCGUACAAUUUUACCCGAAACUGGAAACAAACGGGGGGAGUGAAUCAGUAAAGAUGUCGGAGAAAACGGUGGUCAGAUUUAGGUGCGAAGUCAUAUAUAAAGCGACCACGAUGAGAUCGGCUUCUUCGUCGUCGCCGUCGUCGCCGUCGUCGCUGUGAACGGAGAAAGGCUCGAUCUCGUCUCCUCCGCAGAUCUCCAGUCGCGUCUCCUGCUGCUUCUCCUCCGGCUCGCGGCCUCGCGUUAGUCCCUCCUCCCCCCGAUCCAUCCGCCGCCUCCUCCGCCGUCGCCGGCGGACGAAGCGCCGCCCCCGCCGCCGCCGCCGUUCCUCCCCUCCACUCGAGCCCCGAUGGCGCUGAACCAGACGCGCGCCUGCUCGCCGGCGCUGCUGAAGCUGGGGCUGGGGAUCAUGGCCCUGUGCAUCGCCGGUUACAUUCUAGGCCCGCCUCUGUACUGGCAUUUCGUGGAGGGACUGGCCGCCGUCAGCCGCUCCUCCUCCUCCUCCUCCUCCUCCUCCUCCUCCGCCGCCGCCUGUCCCGCCUGCGACUGCGACUGCUCCUCUCAGCCUCUCCUCUCUAUUCCCGAAGGACUCAGCAAUGGCUCCUUUGCAGAUUGUGCAAAACGUGAUCCGGAGGUCGGUGAGGAUACAGAAAAGAAUUUUGCAGAACUUCUUUCAGAGGAACUGAAGCUGCGUGAAACUGAAGCUUUGGAAAGUCAACAACAUGCCAACAUGGCUCUGCUCGAAGCCAAGAAGUUGACAUCACAGUAUCAAAAAGAGGCAGACAAAUGCAAUUCAGGAAUGGAAACAUGUGAAGGAGCAAGGGAAAAGGCUGAAGCAGUACUGGUAACGCAAAAGAAAUUGACAGCUAUGUGGGAAAUGAGGGCUCGUCAAAGAGGAUGGAGGGAAGGAGUUGCCAAAACUCGUUCCCAGUCUCAGGGAAAUGUCCAGUCGGCUUAGAAUAUCAGGAGUUGCAAAAUGCUCAUGUUCGGUUGAAAAGGCACCGGAGGAAAUUGUGCUCUUCGUUUCCAGGAUUGGCGUUUGGUUCAAUCUGAUCUCAAUCUCUGGCCACCAUCAAUAUCUGUCGCCAUUUUUUACCGAGUGAGAAGUUCAUUGCAUUAUGGAGCUAUCUGAGAAAGCAAAGCAGAUCAGAUGACCCCGGUUCCUGCAAGAUAAAAGACCCUUAAAUACCUUAGGCUAUUAGGUUACUGUGUGAACCCUGUCGAUCUUGAGAGUGAACAAUGAAAGUCCAUUUUGCUGGGAUAAGUAAUUAGGACACAUUAUAUAGGGAUACGGAUGGAAUUUGGGGAACCAUGAAGUCCUGAAUCAAUUUGGAAAACUAUGGCUGAUUGCUGUAUUUUAUUGCAUCAUAUCUUCUGUAUGUCCUUUUCUGAAUAUUUUCUGUCAUUGACAGACAGGAUAAUAAAUUAUUAUGUAGGGGUUCUGUUUCUAUUA